AUACAUUCUCUCAAGGAAGAGAGAAAACACAAUGGAGCGCGUGAAAAAGAUGAUGGAAUAUAAUAUUAAGUACCCGAAGGAGGCAUCACCAAGAAGGAGGACGAAGAAGGAGAACGAAAGAGGUGGAGGCACUGAACAAUGAAACUAGUGGCAGUGCUUGGAUUGCUAUGCUGUCUUGCCAUAGGAGCAUUGGCAUCACCAGUGCCGAAAAUCAGCGAUAAUAAAGCAUCGGUUGCAAAUGCUCUCGUCUCAGGAAGACAAGCGCAAGCACCACCGGUUGCUGCAGAAGAUGAUGACGAUGAUGAUGACGAUGACGACGACGUCGAUCUCGAUAUUACAGGGGAUGACGACGACGACGAUGACGACGACGAUGACGACGACGAUGACGACGAUGACGAUGAUUAUUUGGAACGUUUUAUUGAGGAUAUUUUAGGAGGCGAGGAAGAUGACGAUGACGACGAAGAUGAGGAAGUGAGUCAAACGGCUUCACAAGUAACACCUGUGGCAGCCUCACCGAUACAAUCUGCACCCUUGAUAGCUUCGCAAUCGAUACCGGCAGCAGUUCAAGCUGAUUUGAACGCUGCUGCAGCGUCCGUGGAGAAUACGGCUGAGGAAACAGCUAUUGGAGGUGAACCUACGUCGUCCGACGAUGAUGCUUACGACGAGGUCGAGGAAGCUGGGGACGUUGUGCCCGAAGGUCAAACCGUUGGCCAGGAAUCUGGACUUGAAGGUGCAGACUCCAUUGUAAAUCCUGUUGUCCAACCAGCCAAUUCUCAAGCUGCUGCGGCACAGAAUGACGACGACGACGACGACGACGAUGACGACGACGACGUCGACCUUGAUAUCACAGAAGACGACGACGACGAGGACGACGAGGACGACGAAGAUGACGACGAUGACGACGACGAUGAUGAGGACGCUAUUGCGGACAUCACCAGCGCCAGACAUGCACAUGAUUUGGAGUCGGAACCCAGCAGUUAUGUACCAGCCAUCUAUGUUGCAAAAUACAAUCAUUUUGUAGACAACAUUCUCGAGAGGAUUAAUAAAAUUUUAAGCGCUAAUUAUGAUCCAGUGACGGUCAAAUUAACUAAUCCAAACUCGAACUCGAAAUCGAAUAAGAAGAAAAACAAUUCUAAAAGUAAAAAGAAUAAAUACGGUUCAAAGAAGAGUACUUCUGGAUUGGUCGCACAUAUCUCUGAAAAUAUAAACAAUGAAGAGUCGAACGACGUACAGAAAAUGGCAGAUUCUCACAAAAACUCGCCCAUAGCUACAACUUUAAUGGAUAUAGAAUUAUCAACAACGAUGUCGACUCUUGAAUCAUCUGACAGUGCCAUUGCACAAAAUCGUAUAAGAAAUGCCAAACGAAAAUCAUCUAAUUUUCAAAAUAAAAAGUCGAAUCGUAACAAAACGAAAAAUCGAAACAAAAUAAAAAAUUCCACAAGCGGUAGUAACAAAAAUAAGGGUAAAGCAAGAGCGAUUUUAUAUGGGCUCGCUUCGCUUCAAAGAUCAGGAGAUGUAUCGGUAAAUAUGAUGAGUGAUCAUACAACUAUCAAAACGAAAUUUACCUUGGGACCUUUAAUACUCAAAGUCGAAAAAGAGUUCGGUAGAGCCGCGAAAAAAGAACUUAGAAGUGCAACUGCUACAACAGCAGGAAUGUCUGGUAAACUGAGUCUUCGUGUGCUGCACGGAGGUGCUGCCACGUUGCAUUCCAUUCGUGUUUUACAACCCAAACAGGUUCGUGUUGAAAGCGCGGAUGAUCACGAUAGAACAAGGGAAUUCGUUUGGAGAAGAUCAUCUCACAUCGCUCAUUUAGUAUCUCAAAAACUUUUAACAGCUACAAGAUCAAUGUUACGACCUCCACCUGUCCCAGCACUUGCCGCUUAAAUUAU